AUGAGCCUCUCCCCCGGCGAGAGCGCUCCUCUAUACAGCCAUCGAGACACCCAGACUCACGAUGAUGUGAUGGGGUCUCUAUCCUUGAGGCGGGAUUUAUCUCAUCCGGAAAACCCCCCAUUUGGUACCUGGUGGACGUACACUGUCGAAGAGACGCUCUUGUGGCCGAUUUUAGAAUAUCAAGGCAAUAUAAAUAAUUGUCUGGAUGUCAUUUUGGGAGAUUUUAAUGAUGAGCCGGACAAUGAAGACACCGAAAGACGCAACCAGCCAUUAUCUUCUGGAAUCACUCUUGGAUUAGAUGAUGGUGCUACCAUCUCGGAGUUUGUCGAAAGCUUUUUAAGAAAUAUCCACACCAAAUUUCCCAUUCUCGAACCCCAAGAGUUGCGAGAGCGAGGUGAGAACCUCGUGGAAAACGGUCUUGGUUGGGAUGGAGAAACCUGUCAAGUUCUACUCGCCUGCGCUCUCGGGGCCAUUUCAUGUCCGUGGGAGGUUGCUGAUUUAGAAAACUACGACCGAAUAAAACCUUCAAGAGAACGAUUGUCGCUCGCUAAUGAGUACUUCUCGGCUGGUCAAAAGAGACUUGGUGCCCUGUUGACACAGUCGUCAAUAAUUGCUGUUCAGUGCAUAUUCAUGGCUGGCAUCUUUCUCAUGCAUCAGCAGAAGCCUGUGGCAGGUUGGAGAUUACUGAAUGUCGCGUCCAUUGCCUGUCGAACCUACAUCUCAAAGAGAAUGGCACGAGAGAGCAGAAAUGGACGGGAAAGCAGAUCCAGAAGCAUGGAACAGCGUCUUUGUUGGAGCUGCUUCAAAACGGAACGUGAAGUAGCUUGUGAGUUUGGAAUGGAGACAUCUGGCCUGAAUGUGAUUGCAUAUUCGACAUCAUUACCAACUCCCCCGAAUGGCUUCAAUUCCGAAAUGGAAAAUUCCACCGCACACCAAACCGUGAGCCCUAGUGGGACAACUGCGACCUCGAUGAUGAGGGAGACUUACCAAGACAAGUCAUGGUACUAUUUUCUCACCGAUAUCAUGCUUUGCAAGCUCGAAAUGCGCAUCGACAACUACUGCCAGGACAAGAGAAGAGAAGCUUACCACUUCGCCGGAGGAUCGCCAGAGGUCUUCUUCCGCAGCAUGACCGAGGCACUGCAGGAGUUCAGAUACCAGCUCUCAUCAUACUACAACUCUUUGCCUCCUCUUAUGCAAUUUCCCAUGGGCGGGUUAGUUCCCUGCGAAGAUGAGGCCUUGAAUCAGCUUCGCUGGCGCAUAUAUUGUGUCCAACACGAUAUUUACAUACCUGCGCUGUACAUCCUACUCCAUAAUGAUGUGUCUGGAUGGUCGCAUAACCUCGUCAAUGAUUUGAUUGAUCUCGCGAACGAAUGCCUCAAGCUGGAUGUGAUCUUUCUCAAGACCGCAGUCACUCCUCAUAGACAGUACAACACUUGGCUAUGGUUGAGGAAAGGGGUUCGAAGCGCCUUGAUUCUCAUUGCCUCACGGCGACUCAAAGCACAGCGUAGGCCUGGACUAGAGAGAUUAGAAGUGCCAGAUGACGUGACAUGUGCGGAUGGGGCACGGAGACUGAUUCAAGGCUUGAGAUAUUGGUCGGCUGAAUCAAACGAUUGCAAAGAAUAUUUAGCAUUACUUUAUGAGCUUCAUGCGGAGUUCAGGAUAUAG